UGUGUGUGUCAGUGUGUGUGUCACUCAACAUGUUUGAUUCAUCCAGCCCCGCACGUGAGACUCUAAAACUCGGGUGACGUCACGAGGAGCCAGCUGAGAGAGAGAGAGUGUCGCGUGUCGGACAAUAUGAGUGAAGAUGAAGCUGACGGUUCCAUGUCUACUACUUCUACUGGUCCUGCUCGCUGUCGCAGGGCUGACCCGAGCCCAGGUCAGGACCUCUCUCCUGGAUUUGACCAACAGCAUCGGGAGCAUCCUUCCCGGUCUGAGCCGACCGGCGAACCACAGCCGCAUCUUCUAUGCUGUGAUGUUUGACGCAGGGAGCACGGGGACCCGCAUCCAUGUGUACACCUUCAUCCACAGCGACUCAGUGGAGCUGCCUGUUUUGGACAAUGAGAUGUUCCAUUCCAUAAAGCCCGGUUUGUCAGCAUAUGCCGACUCCCCUGAAAUGGCCGGACACACAGUGAGGAUGCUGCUAAAAGUGGCCAAGAAGACUGUGCCUCGUCUGGAGUGGAAGAGAACGCCAGUGGUCCUAAGAGCCACAGCUGGACUUCGACUGCUGCCCGCAGAGAAAGCCCAGACUCUUCUGGACCAGGUUCAAGACGUGUUCGAAGAAUCUCCUUUUUUGGUCCCAGACGACAGUGUAAGCAUAAUGAACGGCACAAACGAAGGAAUCCUGGCCUGGAUAUCUUUGAACUUCCUGACAGGUCACCUGAAUGCACAGACCAAGAAGACAGUGGGAAUCUUGGAUCUGGGAGGAGGAUCCACACAGAUCACUUUCCUGCCAAAACUCCGGAAAACCAUAGAGAGUGUUCCUCUUGCUGAUUACGUUGCCAGAUUCGAGAUCUUCAACUCAACAUUCGAGUUGUACACUUACAGUUACCUUGGAAAUGGACUAAUGGCAGCUCGACUGGCCACGCUGGGUGCUCUCGGUGCAGAAGGGUUGGAGUGGCGAGUUUUUAAAAGUUCCUGCCUGCCAAAAAAGUUCAGGGAUGAGUGGAGUUUUGGAGGACAGACCUAUCAAGUGAGCGGUGACCCAGAUGGUUAUGCAGGAUACAAGCUCUGCUAUCAGGAAGUACUUAAAGUGGUGAAGGGGAUUAUUCAUCAGCCAUACGAGCUCGAAGACAACAACGUUUUCUACGCGUUCUCCUAUUACUUCGACAGAGCGGUGGAUGCCGGUCUUAUCGAUGGGGUCCACGGAGGAAUGCUGGAGGUCAGAGACUUCAAGAAGAGAGCUAAAGAGGUGUGCAAUAAGAUGACCACGUACCCUCCUGUCAGUUCCUUCCUGUGUAUGGACAUGACCUACAUCACUUGUCUGCUCAAGGAUGGGUUCGGCUUUAAAGAGAGCACCGUGCUGCAGUUGACCAAGAAAGUGAACAACGUGGAGUCAAGCUGGGCUUUGGGCGCCACGUUGGACCACUUCCACCACCUGAAGAUCCACUGAGGAGAAGGCAGGAAACAAACACUGCCGAUUUAUCUGCUGUCCCCAGACAUCUGCGGUUUGUUUCAUAAAGGGUCGAACUAACCUUGCGAGUAAUUCUUAAUUUCUUUUUUUAAAAGCAAUUAUUCUCAAGUGUUAAUAUACUGAGGUGUAAAUGUGUGCCUUACUCAGAGAACAAGUGAAGCACUGGAGGUUGACGUCUGAGUGAUGUUACCAAUAACACACCGAGUUAAUGCAGCUUUGGGCAUUACUGGGUUUCAGAUAGAGUGUGUGUGUUUUACUAAGACCAGUGUUUACAUGCAGCUAUGAGAUAUUCUGUGCUUUAGCAGUUUUGAAUGUUAAGUGUUUUAUUAGUAGUAAUAAGGAUGUACACGUGUCUGGUACUUUAAUUUUGAAACUAGAUUCGCCAUUCGUCAGCCGAACUUUGAAGAAAUAAGUGGGACAUCAUCAUCAACAUUGCAUUUCAACCUCAGACUUCUGUUUACAUGAUACUGCACACAACAAUGCACGGCCAUUAUAUUUUCAUAAACUUUUAAACCCGUCUCAGUAUUUCUUUGGGAGCAUUGGUUUUCAAAAA